UAUAGUCGCAGCGAGAUUUCAGUUAUCGCUGUUUCUGAACGGUGGACAUUUUAUUAAUAAAUGGUUUAACAAACAGCUAAUCUAAGAAGUUUUAGUGUUUUAAGUUAAAACUCUUGGUCCCUUGUUGUUUCUUAAAAUCAUAAUAUCGAUCUAAGCUAAAUACGUGGAACUGUCGGGCGGUGGAUCAGAACCAGGAAAUGGAUUCUUUAGCGACGUUCUCCCUGGUGUCGGUUCUGAUCAUCUUCAUCUCACCUGUCUCUACAGAUCAGUGUAACAUCACAGUUAAAGCUGGACAGGACAUCAUUCUGCCAUGUAGAGCUCCUGACAGUAAACCUGUUACAGCUGUAGAGUGGACCAGAACUGAUCUGGGGUCAGAAUAUGUUUUUCUGUACAGAGAUGACCAGAUUAGUCUGGAAAACCAGCAUCUAUCUUAUAAGAACCGGGUGGAUCUGAAGGAGACACAGAUGAAGGAUGGAGACGUGUCCUUGGUUCUGAAGAACGUGACGACUGAUGACAGAGGAACAUAUGAAUGUCGAUUCUUCCAGAAAGCAACUAGCACCAGCAUGGAGACCGUUCUCAUCAUAAACCUGGAUGUACGUCUUCCAGGUGACCCGGAUGGAGGCAACAAAGAUGGAUCUGUUGGGCUGGGGGUCGGUCUGUCAGUUAGUAUAAUUAUUGUUGUUGUUGUUGCUGCUGCUGGUUGGUUGAUCUAUAAAAAAUAUUCAAGUUCGAGAACAAAAUCAAACCAGCCUCCUGAAGAACCAGCUGGACCUCACAGGACUUUAAUGUCUCACAACGGAGCAGCUGACCUGUGAGUCCAUGUUGACCUGCUGGAUGAUGGAAGAUCUGUAGAACCAGAGGAGACAAACCUUCCUAAAGAACUUGCUGCUGAUGAGAAACAUCUCAGUGGUUAGUCGUCUAUUUCCUCCUCAUGAGGACCAACCUCAUCAUCUCCAUCACCAACCAGCUGAGAGGAACCCAAACACUGGUACCAACAGUUUCUGUCUUCCAGCAGAACCAAACCAACCUGUUACAGAUUUGUUCUAGAACCCGUUCCAAGCUGGACCUGAGCAGUGGAGACCCGUUACUACAUUCUUCUCUAAACCUGAAUCAAGCUGAGCUGCAGAGUUUCAGGUUCAACUUAAUGAAGGUCAGGAGCUUCUGACAGCUUCAGACUUUUAGAUGUUUUCUUUGUGUUUAAACCUUCAAACGUGUCUUCAUUUCAUCUUCAUCACCACUGACCAGAGCAGCCUGAUAGAUGCUUCUUCCCUCUGCAGAAUCCGUCCAGAACAAUGUGCAGCACCAUAAACCAUCAGUGUUUCUCAGCAGCAGGUCACACGUUAUGAUCCGACCUCAUGUUGAGUCAAACAUCAGGUUUCAGUGUCUCCUGGUGCUGAUCUGCUCGGUUCCUCUUCAUCAUGACUGCAUUAUUUACUGUUUAAUGUUCCUUUCUAGCAGAAACAUUUCAUUCAGUUUGUUAAAUGUUCCAGCAGCCUGAAAUCAUCUAAAUCAUUUCAUUUAUUAGCUGAUAUUUCUGCAGAACGAACCUCAACAACGUCUCUAACUUUCAGCCAGCUGACCUUACAGUCACUCAGAUUUAUCACAUUUCACUUGUUUAAAUAUUUUAAUUGGUUGAAUGUUUGAUUCUACAGCUUUAAUUUCAAGCUAAAAUAAAUAGCUUACAGAAGCAGCCUCAGAAUGUAAAAUAUGUCCUUUAAUUAGAAGAUGGCUGAGCUGAUGAUGAUGUUUUUACAGCGUGGAGACAGAGUUGAGUCUGAACGCUAAACUUCAUCUUUAUUCACAUCAGAAAAUGUUUUCCUCUUCUUUUUCUGUAACGUUCGUACCUUUUUACUUUGAAGGUUUUUGAUUCAUGUUUUAACUGUAAUCAUGUCUUUAAUUCCCAGAUGUUGGAACAAACAUCUAAAACCAUUUAUUUCCGUUCUCAGAACCUUCUUCAGCUGUCAUAUGAGCUUCCUUUUAUUCCCUUAUGAUAAAUCUGACUCUGUUCAGACCUUCUCCCCCUGAGGACCCCUGAAGGUUUGGGUCUAGCAUCUCUUCUGCAUAAAAGCUGCGUUUCCCUGAAAGCAAGGCAGUAGCUGCUGGUUGGAGUCCAACCUGCUGCUGUAAGGACUUCAUCCUCUGGGGGGCGCUUUAAUGAGAUUCAUCCUUGGUUACAACGGGGUGACCCUGAUCUUGAAUGUUUAUACUCCAACUUAUUUC